UACUUGGCAGAAGGUGGGUUUGUCGGUUUCGCAAUUCCAGCUUGAAGGCGGCAGUUCCAAACCUCCAACUCCAACACACUCGAAUCCACCACCGCUCGCCGUCGGUAAUGCCGAUUCCGCGCCGCCUGCCCUGCCUUCCCGCUGUCGCCGUAGCCGCCAGACGCUCGACCGCGAGCCUCGCCGUCUCCCAUGGUGGGACCGGCGGGAGGCCCUCGACGGCCAUCCUGGCCGCCGCCGCGACGGCAGCCGCGGCGGCGGGCCGCGCCUCCGAGUGCCAGUCGCUCCUCCUCCGCAUGUCGCGCCGCCGCGGGGCCUCCCGCCUCGACAUCGUGUCCUCCCUCCUCGCCUCCUCCCCGACCCCGCAGCCGCAGGUGUUCGACCUCCUCAUCCGCACCUACACCCAGUCCCGCAAACCCCGGGAGGCAUUCGAGGCCUUCCGCCUCCUGCUCGACCGCCGCGUCCCCAUCCCCGCCGCCGCCUCCAACGCGCUCCUGGCCGCGCUCUCCCGCGCCGGAUGGCCCCACCUCACCGCGGACGCCUACCGCCUCGUCCUGUCCUCCGACUCCGAGGUAAACACCUAUACGCUUAACAUCAUGGUCCACAGCUACUGUAAAGCCCUACAGUUCGAUAAGGUUGAUGCCGUAAUCUCCGAGAUGGAGAAGAGAUGCGUGUUUCCGGAUGUGGUAACCCAUAAUGUGAUGAUUGAUGCUAGAUUUCGUGCUGGGGAUGUUGAGGCGGCGAUGGCAGUGGUCGAUUCGAUGGUUAGUCAGGGGAUAAAGCCAGGAAUCUUGACGUAUAAUGCGGUGUUGAAGGGGUUGUGUAGGAAUGGAAGGUGGGAUAAAGCGAGGGAGGUGUUCAGGGCAAUGGGCGAGUGUGGGGUGGCUCCCGAUGUUCGGAGCUCCAACAUGUUGAUUGGGGGAUUUUGUAGAGUUAAGGAGGCUGAUGAGGCAAUGAAGUUUUAUAAGGAGAUGCGACGUCGUGGAGUCACACCAGAUAUUGUGAGCUUUAGUUGCCUGAUUGGGUUGUUUGCAAGGAGGGGGAAGAUGGACCAUGCGGCGGCCUACUUGAGGGAGAUGAGAGAGUUCGGAUUGAUGCCUGAUGGUGUGAUUUACACAAUGGUCAUUGGUGGAUAUUGCAGGGCUGGGUCAAUGUUGGAGGCACUGAGAGUCAGGGAUGAGAUGGUUGGCCGUGGAUGUUUGCCAGAUGUGGUAACUUACAAUACCUUGCUGAAUGGGCUUUGUAAAGAGCGUAGGUUGUCUGAUGCAGAGGAGCUUUUGACUGAGAUGAGGGAGAGAGGGGUUCCACCAGAUUUAUGCACCUUCACAACUUUAAUUCAUGGGUAUUGUAGGGAGGGUAACAUAGAGAAGGCAUUGCAACUAUUUGAAACAAUGCUGCAUGAGCGUUUGACGCCAGACAUUGUGACAUACAACACUUUGAUUGAUGGAAUGUGCAGACAAGGUGAUCUGGGCAAAGCUAAUGAGCUAUGGGAUGAUAUGCAUUCUCGAGAAAUCUUCCCCAACCACAUUACCUACAGCAUCCUGAUAGACAGCCACUGUGAGAAGGGACAAGUGGACGAUGCAUUUGGGUUUUUGGAUGAAAUGAUAAACAAGGGGAUUGUGCCAAACAUCAUGACCUAUAAUUCCAUCAUUAAGGGUUACUGCCGGUCUGGAAAUGUACUGAAGGGGCAACAAUUUUUGCAGAAGAUGAGGGAUGCCAAGGUGUUGCCUGAUUUAAUUACUUACAACACCCUAAUCCAUGGUUAUGUUAAAGAAGAGAAGAUGCAUGAAGCCUUUAAUUUGCUUAACAUGAUGGAGAAUGAAAAGGUUCAACCAGACACUGUGACGUAUAAUAUGAUUAUAAAUGGGUUUUCUGUACAUGGUAAUAUGCAAGAAGCUGAUUGGGUUUACAAGAAAAUGGGUGCUAAAGGAAUUGAACCAGAUAGAUAUACAUACAUGUCCAUGAUAAAUGGUCAUGUUGCAGCUGGGAACUCGAAGGAGUCAUUUCAACUUCAUGAUGAGAUGCUUCAGAAAGGGUUUGCUCCUGAUGACAAAUUCUGAGGGUAUUAUUUUCCUCCAUACUGGAAUCUAAUUGAUGCUAUGGUUAAUUCAACGAUGAGAAAGGAAGGCAAUUUGCAGUUUGUUUAGAUCGUCAGGAUUUUUGCUCCAACAAGUAUUUAUAGACUUGAAGGUGAGCAUGAGAAAUUCUGCAGUUCAGCAUUAAAAUAUCGGUAAGGUUGUGCGCACUGCCCUUCUACAAUGCCAUAGUGAAAUCAGCAAUGGCAUCUGAUUAAAUUUUGGAGUGAAUUCCAUGGAAAUUUUCAUUAUUGGGUGGUCCAAGGGUAGCAAAAAUUUCCACACAAGUGGCCUCUCUAGAUGUGCUUUCUUCACCAACGUGCAGAAAUAUUCUUCAAGGGCUCAGGACUCGGGAGGUGUGCUUUUGUUUUCUGAACAUCGGAGGAAUCUAGCAUGCUCUAAAUUUCUCAGGGUGAAUGCAAAUCACUUUUAGCAUGAACUAUUAACAUCACACGAAACUGAUCAAAAGGGAAGAACCAGGCGUCCAUAAAAAGACUAUGGCCCACUCACCAACCGCAUUUAUUGGGACGUCCAUCAUCCAGCACUAGCCGGCUCAGAUGGACACUAGCGUAGUGGUCCACGGCUCAGCCGUUACACACCCAACGGUGUCUUCCAGCGAACAUUUUUUAAUAUAUACAUGCACUGUAUUGACCGCACACACCCUUGCUCCUGAAGAUUCACUUUUCUUCCUCGCAGCCUGAAGAAGUGCUGCCACCCAUCCCUUGCCCCGACUAUCUCGACAAGGUGGUCACCUUCGCCUGCGCGCCGGAGCUCGCUUCUACAAAUGCGUCAGGAAAGAUGGCAAUCAAAACUGGUGUGCAAAAGAAGAAAUAAAACCGACUAGAGAGUGUGAAUGUGUGCCCCUUCAGCCUUUACCUCCAAACGAGCAAUGGAAAAGAACUAAAAGGACAAAGAGAAAAAUAUUGCUCAUUUGAAUAUCUCAAACCUCACAAGGUGGAUGAGGCAGGCUUUGAUGAAGUUAUGGAUUUUUUGUUUAAAAGGACCACCUGCCGUGUCGAAUUGACGAGAAAGACCAUCUUUGAAAAGAAUGGACAAAAGAGACCAGCUGGGGCGUGGCGGCAGGCGCGCGAGCCGACACGUGGCACCUGCCGCCAUGUCCGGAGGCGGCAGGGCCUGCCGCCACGACAGCAGGUGGCAGCGCUCGAAUUACCAAAUACCAGGCGAGGCCAGCUGCUGCGACGGAAUUUGGAUGGGCUGGUAGGCCCUGCCGCCACACCCUGUGGCGGCACGUCUCCAGCAGGAGCACUGCUUGCUCUCUGUUCUACUCGAUGUUAGCAGGUGUGAAAAUAGGCACAUUUGACUGAGAUUUAAGUCAAUUUGAAGGCCGAUUUUAAAGAUGUUGCAGUUGAAGAAAAGAUAGAUCAAGUUAAGAUCUAUCCAUUUUUAUGUUUUUUGCUUACAUGCACGGUCGUUUUGUACUUUCUAAAUGCUCCAAACCACUCCCAAAGUUAUUAUCAAAUGCCAAAUACAACAGCGAAUAGAAAGUUAGAGACUAA